UUUCGUGUUAGAUGAGAAGCGAGAAAUUUGCCAUUCUCUGCUAGAUUCUGUCCUAGACAAGUCGUUUUGAGAUAUUUACUUAGCUUUUGCUUCGUUCGCCUAGCUUGCUUUGAACCACUGUUAUUUCACUUGUGUAAUAAUGGUCUUUUACGGCAACAAGUUCACCGGGAACUGUGUGAUGAAUACCCUGGAGGGUACUCGUUGUAGGAGGAAGGCACCCCUGCCUGUUGAUGAAGUGGAGGAGUGCUGGCAACACCGACAACAGCCAGCCGAGGUCCAGUGCUCUGCACAUAUUGGGCUUCAUGGGAAUGGCAGACGUUGCAGCCGGCGUGGACGUCACUCGCUAGACGAAAACGCUGUUGAACUCUACUGCACGCAACACGUCAACAAGUUGCAUCGCGAGAACGGUCGUGCGGAGGUCGUUCCUGCUCAUCGCCAACAGCAGGAUGAACAGCGUAGGAGGGCGGAGGAGCGUGAGCAACUCCACCCGAGACGAAGGUCACCGCGUCUGGUAGAGCGAGAGAUCGCAGCUGCCGCCGCUGUUCAACUCGCCGCGGAGAGAGAGCAACGUCGUGCCGCCAAUCGGGCAAACCAGAACCUGCGGAGGUCGGCCCGGAUUGCCGCGAGGCGAGGCAAUGUGUGAUUGUAGCCUGGACUGAUUCGCAGAAGCAGCAGGGGGGAGACCGAGGGGGGAUACUGGGUCGAACACUGCUGAGGUUCUCGGGACGUAAACGCCUUGCUAUAGGAGUAGUAGGGAGGAAGCCGAGACGGGUAGUGCAUGGUCACUCAAACCAGGCCCGCUGCACUAUCGUGGUCAAGAAAGACUGGGUGUGGUCAGUCGGGGUAGACGCCGGAGGCCAUUCUCUUUCUUUGACCGCCUGUAAAUUAUUUCCAAGAAGAUCAGGCCUCGCCGUGGGACGCGCACACACGUCGUAGGUAUGCAGGUAUUUCAAUGUCUACCUUGUGACAAUAUGUUCCUAUUCACCAGAUCUGUUUACCCCCAUACCUCCUAAUGGGAGUCAUGUAUAUAUAUAUGAGUUUGACACGUUGGUUACUAAGUUGAGAACUUGUGAAUAUUUGGUCGAAAAUCUUUUUGAAAUAUACAUUAUAUUGUUUUAACAAAGGAUUCAGAAGUUGUCUUCUUUUGUAAGUCUUAGUUAUUGGGUUUUGCAAUCAUCCCUCUCAUAAAAGCAGUUGUACUGAUAUUUCAAAUAUCUUGUUGUAAGAGCCACACUUGGCAAGAGUUGUCCAAUUACCCAGUUCGUAAUUAGCACGAAAUAUCCACUGAAUAUCUUUACAUGAAGAGACCCAACAUGAUGCUUAAAGUGGAGGGGUCACGUGAACGUCUUUUAUCUCCAUUUAGAGACAACUUUACCUGUGUAUCAUGAAAUAUCAAUGGUGCAUGAAAUAAAAAUGAAUAUUUGAACAUGAGCAUGUAUCCAGUAUUUUUGUCCACAUUUUUUAAAACCAAAAACAAAUUUAGACUGCAAUUACAAACUGGCUUGUAGGAUGUGUACCGGUACUUGUGGAAAGAUUGUACUUUCAUGUGGAAUAUCAGAAAAUGCACAAAAGAAUUAGAAAAGAAGAUUCCAACAACUAAUGAUCUUAUACGAAAAUGGUUUCAAACUAAUAAAAUGAAAUACUAUU